AUGGCCCGCGGCGGGCUGGGUGCACCUGCGGGCCCCCGGCUCCCUCCCCCUCGCGCUGGGGGCGGGGCGCGCCCUCACUUCCCAGCCCAGCCCACCCCGCGCGGGAAGGAGGCGGGAGGGGAGGCGUUUCUGGAGAAGUUGAAGGGCUCACCUUCUGGGCAGCGGGCCAGCGAGGCCAGACACCAAACACCCACCUCCGGGAAGAAUCAGCGGAGCCGUAACCGGGUCUCCCCGCCCUUCCGAUGGGGCGGAGGGAGGCGAGAGAAGGGAGCGCGCGUGGCGGGGAGCCGGAGAGAGGCGGUCGCAGGCCGGCACGGUCCUCCCACGGGGCCCACUCCGCGGCUCCGGCGCCCGCCGCUCAGAUUGCCGAAAGCGGAACGAUCUUCGGGGACCGAGGCUAGCGCUCGGCCCGGCCCGCUGGCCGCCCGCGUCCCCCAGCCCGCGAGGUCCCAGCCACAGCCUCCGCUCGGGCCGCGGCGCCGCGGGGCAGGUCGCCGGCGCCGGGGUGGCGCGUGUCGGCUGCGGCGCGGCUCCACCGGCACAGUCCCCGGCCCCUGCCCGGGAGAGGCGCGCACCAACCUUGGGGGGCAGCCCGGGCAGCUUUGGCCGCCUAGCCCCGGCUUAGGCGGAGGCGGGAGGUGGCGGCAUCACCUGCGGCGUGCGGCUACUGCUGCUCCCGGACGCGCCGGGGCGGCGGAGGCGCGCGGCGCCCUGCACCCUGCUCCCGCGGCCCCGCCCGCGGCUGCCACCUCGAAGCGCGGCGGAGGAGCCGGGGCACCACGGGCGGCGGCAGCGGCGGCGACGGGAGCAGCAGCACAUGACUCUGUAACGGGGGGAAUUAGACAAAGCGUAACAUGGACUCCGGGCCCGUGCAGGCGCUGCAGCUUCGGGACCAACCGCAGCCGGCGAGCGCCGCCACUGGCUCUGCCGCAGCCAAUGGGGGCGGGCCCGGGCCUCCAUGUGAUGGCGAGCUCUCUUCCCCCGCGGCUCUCCGGUGCCGGGGGUCGGGGCGCUUCCGCCGCCGGGCUGGCUGACCGGAGGGAGGGGUGGCGAGUUCGGUGGCCCGGGGUCGGGCACUGGCGGCGGGAGGCGGCGGCGCCGCGCGCAGGUGCACCCGGCGGGGUGGGGGCGGCCGCCGGAGCCCGCCGUCCCCCCAGCUGCUCAUCAGUGAAAUGCCCACCUGGGCCGGGCACGAUGCCCGCGCCCAAUGUCGCCAGACGGGCGAGAGUCCAUCUCAGGCACCUUCACCCUUCCUGGGGCUAUCCUGUCAGCUGGACCUCUGAUAGCAGAUUCUUCACCGGCUGAGCCUCAUGAAAAGUGGGAAAUCUCAUCUCUUCUACCAAGAUAUCUCCAUGUCAGUGGAUGUUCAAUCAACAUUUCCUAAGCAUCUAAACGUUCUUCAUAAGCAUGCUGCAAGAAUGUUACAGGUACUCAGGAAGGUGUGAGUUCAGAUACAGUGAGAAAGUAGAGAUUCGUUUUUAGGGUUUCAGGAAAGACUUCAGAGACAAGGGAGUAGAACUGACCCUCAGAGAGUGAGCACUUGUUCCCCUGACCCUGGAAGUAAAGAAGAGCAGCCCUAAGGCCGAGUAUGAACAGAGCUCCAGCACACACUCAAGAGACAGUCCUAGACUACUUACAAGAUGACACUAGAUUUUGAGCCCUUCUCACCUCUUGCUCGCUCACUUCCCUUGUUCUGUCCUUUGUGCCAGCAGCCUCUCCUGUCCACACACCGAGCCAAGAAGGAGGUGUGUAGGCAGGAGCUGUGUGUCCCGUGAUCUAAUUACAGUACCAGAUUCGCUGAUCUGGGAGAUUGGUGCUGUUUUAAAACUGUUAAUGUCUAGUGGUGUGAUAUUUUGAUGGAAAACACCUCACUACUAUGAUUAAUUUGGAAUGUUUUGCUGUUUGUAAAAACUCUGUUCCAUGUUCUGAUUUUCCCCUGAGUUUUAAAGUUUGAUUUUAGACUUGAGAGAACUGAUUUCAAGAAUGGGAUCAAUUGAGAAAGGAAAAAAGUAGUACUCAAAAAACGAAUGUAGAGAAACAGGCACAUGUUCUCAUAAAUGUGAGUGUUAAUUGGGUAAAUCCAUUUGGAGGACAAUUUAGCAAUUUUGGAUGAAAUUAAUAUGUGAGGGAUUUUUUUGACCAGGCAGUUUCACCUCUAAGAAUUUCUGCUUUGGCCAUAUGUAUGCAAAAAUCAUGUACUGCAGAAGCAUUUACAAGCAUGUAGAAAGCUGUAUGUAUAGGUAUAUUUAUUGCAGUAUUGUUUAUGACAGGAAACAUAGAAGGGUGCGUAAGUUUAAUAACAAAAUCCCAGUAGGGGACUGGUUAAGCAAUUUUAACCUGUUCUAUAAAAAUUAGAGACCUAUUUGUACUAAAAUGAAAGAAUGUCCAAAAUAUAUACAUGAAAAAAGCAAGUGUCAGAACAAUAUGAAUAGUAUGAUACCAUUUAUAAGCAUAUUUUGUCAAAAAUGUACAUGUUAUUAAAUGUAUGCUUAGGGAAAAUCUGGAAGCAUAUAUAACAAGCAGUUAACAGUGGUUAUCUCUGGAUGUGAGAUUAUUAGGGUCGUUGCUUUCUGUUACAAGUUUGUGUAUGCUUGAAUUGUUUUUAUGUUGAGUACCUAUUACUCUGUUAAUAAGAAAAUAAUUAAAAAAAUUAAGAUAAAAUUGCUAAAAGCUGUACCAAUGACAAUAAGGAUCACUCUGAGGAUCUAGGAAGCAAAAAAUGUCAGCUUCCCCUACUCCCCAAGAAAAACAAGUAGGAGGCAGCAAAGGAUGCUAACUGACUUGACUUUGGAUUGAAAAUGAGGAAAUAUGAUAGAAGAAGCAUCUGAGGCUGCUCAAGGCCUGUCAACAGGGAUCAAGUGGGAGAAAUACAAUAAAGCUUCAAGGAAGUUCUAGUCAACAGAGACUUAAGAACACUUACUGUCCUUUGUUGAGUUAUGGUCACAAAUUGGCGACUGUUUCAAUACUUGUUAAAUCCGAAUCACACAAAUCAUGACUACAGCCAACACAGUGCUUGUGAUGGGCCAGGCUCUGCUCUGAGUACUGUGCAUAUGUCCACUUUUAGUCCUUGCAGAAACCUUAUGAGAGAAAUACUAUCCUCCUUUUUUUUUUUUUCCCCCUUUGGGAAGGGGGACUUCCCA